UUAACGUGUCAGACAUGACGCAUUCAGAAGAAUUUGAAAGCACCAUCAGGUUGACACAAUUUACCUUAUUAAUAUCUGGAAUUAAAUUGUACAGAAAAAAAUGGAAUUUCCUGAUUGACAUACUGGUCCAGAAGUUUCUGUUUUAUUUGAAUAUGAUUACACUAUAUCCUGUUCUGAUCGCUGAAAUAUAUUUAUUGAUAGAAGCGUUGCAGAAGGGAGGGAGUUUCGUGGAACACUCUUUGAUGACGCCUUGCAUUACAGUCAGUAUUUUAGGAACUGUCAAAGUGUGUUUUCUUUAUAAAAAUAGCGAUAUCCUCCUAGAAAUUAUUGAUAAGCUUAGUGAAAUACAUCCGAAAUUUAACAAUGACGUUGAAAUCGCAAAUGAAGAUAGAGAGACGACGAACGAGGAGAAAGUAACCAAGGAUUCGAUGAGAUUGCUGAAUUUAAAUAUGCUGGUGUUGAUUGGUUCAGGAGUCUGCGUCGUGACUAUGUUCUGCUUAAUGCCGUUUAUUCUAAUGAUGAUCGGAUACUACCAAGAUGGAGUUUUAAAGAUCCAGUAUCCGUAUUUGGUGAAAUAUUUUUUCGAUGCUUACAGUAUACGGCUUUGGUAUUUGGAGUACAUUCACCAGGUUUAUGCAACUGGAAUUGUAUUUGCAAAUGUUGUUGGAACAGAUACGUUAUUACUCGCCUUCUGUACUUUCAUAGAGAUGCAUUUUAAACUGCUGAGUUUUAGAAUUGAGAAUUUACGGGCAAUGUCGAGCGAAGAAACGAAAAGGAACUUUGUGACGUCAGUGAUACGACAUCAGGAACUGAUUCAAUUAGUCAGCAAAAUCGAAAUGGUUUACACUAAAUCGAUGCUUUUCAACAUCGUCACCAGCUCACUGCUUAUUUGUCUUAGUGGGUUCAAUAUGACGGUCACCGAAGGCUUCAACACUCGUUUUACAUACUUCACAUUUCUGAUGAUGUGUUUGUCCCAGAUUUUCCUGAUUUGCUAUUUCGCUGACAAUUUGAUGCAAGCGAGCACGCAAGUCAGCGAGGCAAUUUACAAGUGUAAAUGGUACGAAAUAGACGAAAGUGUAAAGAAAGGCGUUGUGUUAAUACUUCUCAGGUCUCAGAACCCGUGCAAGUUGACAGCGGCUAACUUCGCGGACCUGAACCUAAACGCAUUCACUACAAUACUGAGUCGCUCGUGGUCGCUGUUUGCACUUUUAAAGACUGUUUACAACUGAGGCAGUCGUAGUUUAAGAAUUAAUUACAAAGUCGACAAUGCUCCCUUAAUAAAAUAACGACCGAUUCCAAAAUUAUUAAUUGGUAGGAGUCGUCCAAAAAUUCAUUUCUGUUUGCGAUAUUUUUUAUUUUUCCUUUGUUUCAUGCUAUAGUUUUUAUUUUUGACUUAUCUUUAACAUAUAAAAUUUUAUAGUAACUUAAAAAAAAGGUCACAAACAGAAAUGAGUUUUUGACGAUUCCCACAAAUAAACAAUUUUGGAAUAGGUCAUUGUUUUAUUAAGAGAGCGAACUGAAAGUGUUUAGCACAUGUAGAUGGGCGCAUUGCUUUAUAAACUAAUAACAGUCUUUCUUAUAAAAAUUCCGCAAAGCUAUGAUUAGUUAAAAGACAAAUUUAUUCGAUCAGCUGUAAAUCAAAACCCGCCAUCUUGCCUCUUAAUAAGGUUUAAACUAGGAAACCCUUGAGGUUUUUG